AUGAAUAAGUUGUUUAAAAGUGUGCACACGUCGAGUAAUAAAGACAAUUUAAUUAAGAAGUCGAUCACGGAUCACUUGUCGAAUAGUGUGAAAGCGAUACAGUAUUGCGGAGUUGAAGAAAAUGGACUCAAUAAAGCUGAGGAUGUUACCGAAGCUUCGAACACGCUGUGUAUGACGAUUGAAGCUAUUUUUCUGCACGGUUUGAAGGACUCCUUGAGUAAAAGGUUCAAAAGGGCCAUUGCAGAUGUUGACGAACGGCCAGAGCCCAGCUUCUGGGCCCCCUUACUUGUCAUAUCACAUCGACAAAUCAUAGACCAGAUAACCCACUUGUCGCAGAUAACAAGCGAGGUGGGCCAAUGCCGGGCAUGGAUCCGCCUGGCCUUGAACGACUGUCUCUUGUCCUCUUAUUUAAUGACAAUUCGACGUGAUCCGAGCUCUUUAAAAUCCUUCUACCGUCCCACAGCCUACUUGCGAGACAGCGACCUUGUCGAUGUCGCCCAACGAUUAAUCGAAGGCGUUGAAGCCUUCAAAACUGUGACCUUACCGUGCAAUUCCAGCCUUUUAAACACCUGGCAAUUGCCAAGUCUUUUCCUUGCCGGUAUUUGGGCCCCAACUUUGAAAGCUUGUCCUGUCGCCCCAUGCGACGACGUAGCGCAAAUGGUCGAAGAGACCCGAACUGCCCCCGAAAGCAACUCCGAGACGUGUUCUCUAAGCUCGGCAAUUUCCAUUACAUCGCAAAAUUCCAGUUUGCGACAAAUGGUCGCACUAAACGAAGACGAAGCUUUGAGAAUAAUUCUAGCCAAACAUAAGGACAAUCUCGACGUAAAUAAGAGUGAGGAGAAUUUGAAGUCGUCGCUGUCCGAAAGCACAGACUCCGAGAAUUUGUACACCGUCGGAAACUCGCUAAACAGGAGGACCGGUUGGUCGUUUGACGAAACUCAACCGCAAGAAAUUGAGGAGGCUUCAGCCAACCCACCUGAACCUCCUCCAGUGAUAAACCCGGAACCCAAAUCGAUGGAAGGCAGUUUCAACGCCUUGAUUGAAAGCUACAACAUGUUGAGUGGCGGGUAUAUCAAAACGCCCGAUUUAAGGGAAGUCUGGCAGAAAUUUGAGGACCACAAAAUCGGCGAAGCAGACACACCUAAUAACAAUAACGUGGGACAAACCACUGUCAUUUUGGCCAAAACCGAAACGCCUCUAGCUGCGCUCAUUGGACGCAUUAGCAAAGAGAAGGGUCUAGAUAGGCAAAAUUAUGAAUGUGCAGGCUGCAGAGAAGCCCUAAGUGUUACAAUCAAACCACAAGUUUGCGCUUUCACUGCCGAAUAUUUUUGCGAUUCGUGCAUGAGUGGCGAGGAAAUCACAAUCCCAGCAAGGAUCAUACACAACUGGGAUUUCAAGACGUAUCCCGUCUCGCAGAAGGCUUUGAACUACAUUAACGAAAUUAAGGACCAUCCGACUAUAGACUUUAAAACCUUGAAUCCUUAUAUUUACGGAGUGGUUGAAGAAAUGGCCCAGCUCCAAAUCCUGCGAAACCAACUGAACUUCCUUAGAGCUUACUUAUACACGUGUCGAGAGCCGGUUAUCGAGCAGUUGCAAAAGCAAAUGUGGCCGCGUGAAUACAUGUAUGAACACGUGCACCAAUAUUCAGUUUCGGAUUUGGCCGAAAUCUCAAGCGGGGUUUUGGCGCAACAUUUGCAGUCGGUUGUUAAUUUUGGGAAGGAACAUGUGAUUGGUUGUUGGUUGUGCAGUCAGAAAGGUUUCGUUUGCGAAGUUUGCAACAAACCAAAAGCGUUGUUUCCGUUUGAUGUUGAACAUAUUUAUCGCUGUGAUGUUUGCAACGCAGUUUAUCAUAAAGGUUGCCUUAAUUCCACUAAACCUUGUCCGAAGUGUAAGAGGCGGAAGGAGCGGGAAGAUCUUCCUCUUCUUGGUGCUACCGUUGAAUAAUCUUCAAUAAAUUUACUUUUUCAAUUUCA